GUUACUGACAGCGCAGCUUGAUGGUCCUGAGAGCAGCACGGAGAUUGUUUCCCAUUUUUAAAAGAGAAAGAAUAUCAACAAACUCCGAUUUACGUUUUGUGAAUUAGCGUUGAAUUUUGGAGCCAACAUGGGGAAAGUGGAAGGAGGAAUGAAAUGUGUAAAAUAUCUACUUUUCAUCUUCAACGUAAUAUUCUGGUUGAUGGGCUCGUUGGUCCUAGCGGUUGGGUUGUGGUUGCGGUUCGAUCCUGAGACCGUCACUCUGCUGAAAGGAGACGGAGCGCCAGGCACCUUCUUUUAUGGUGUGUAUAUUCUGAUCAUAGCAGGCAGUCUAGUGAUGUUGGUGGGAUUCUUUGGCUGCUGUGGAGCCGUACGAGAGUCACAGUGUCUGCUGGGGUUGUUCUUUGCCUGCCUGCUGAUCAUCUUCGGCGCGGAGGUGGCUGCUGGUGUGUUUGGCUUCUUGAACAAAGACAAGAUAAUCAAAGAUGUCCAGAACUAUUACGUCAAAUCCUACAACGACGACAACAACAGCACAAUGAUACAGAACUCCUACCACAAAGUUCUGAACUGCUGUGGGACGUCCCAGAGCUUCUGUCCCGAGGCCCCAGCUGACACCAAGAACUGUGAGGUGGGCAUCAAGGAGUUCUUCAACAGUAAACUCUACAUCAUCGGUUAUGUGGGGAUCGGCAUCGCUGGAGUCAUGGUUAUAGGGAUGAUCUUCAGUAUGGUGUUGUGUUGUGCCAUCCGCAACAGCAGGGAGGUCAUCUAAACAGGCAGACCUUCCAGUCCUCCAGUACCCCCCAACAGCCCAACAGCCCAACUCCAGUCCUCCAGUACCCCCAACAGCCCAACAG